CAGAUUUGAUUAAAAAAAAAACACUUAUUUUUCUGCUCAUUCGUCAUAGAUUUUCAAUCACAAAUACAUUUGCUGCUGAUUUAUUUCACAGUGAAAUACGAUAUUUGUCUAGACAACACAAAAAUCUAAAUCGCGAAAAUCUUUUGAAUAGUUUUUUUUUUUAAGUUAUUUUAGAGUUUUGUGUUGUUUAGACGACUACGAAAUAUUUACGUUGCAUACGAUUUGUGAUUUGAUGGACUUGUGCACAAUUAGCACGUGGUGUAAGAGAUAUAAAACUCGAAUACAUCUCGUUAAAUCUCUCGAGUGUUUCUAGGUAACGCAAUGAAAGUGUUUAUUGCAAGUAUUUACUUGGCACGAGCGAGAGCGUCGGGUCGAAAUAGUAUAUGCCCGGACAGUACGCCGCUUUAUAACCGCCCGCACUCGUCUGUAACGCUCGACGUGUCUAUAAUACUCGUAUAACAGCAGGUCGCUAUACCGCCGUUAUCGUGGGCUAGAAUCGGAGCUCGUGUACUUCGGCGAUCAGCUGUCACGAAUGUUUACAUUCGUCGGCCGAGUGCCGGCUCGUGGUGGGGUCGCGGCCACCGUCCAGUUCCUUUCGGCCUGUCGCGUCGCGCGGUUCACGUAAUCCACCGAGUGCUUAUCGUGUGCCUUAUCGUCGCGCUGUCGCGCGGUAUCGAGCAAAUGCCAGCGAGCACUUUUCCGCGCUCUUCAGAAUCGGGGUAAGGAUUAAAUUGCUUUGAAGAUGGGGGCGAUGUUCAGGAGCGAGGAGAUGGCCCUUUGCCAGCUGUUCAUUCAGCCGGAGGCAGCUUACCUUUCUGUUUCGGAACUUGGAGAAACUGGUACGGUGCAAUUUCGUGAUCUGAACGGCGACUUGAAUUAUUUUCAACGGAAGUUCGUCAACGAGGUCCGACGAUGCGACGAACUGGAGCGCAAGCUUCGGUACAUCGAGGCGGAGGUCAAGAAAGAUGGUGUGCCGAUCCCGGAUAAUCUUACGGAACUACCACGCGCGCCGAAUCCACGCGCAAUUAUAGAUCUCGAGGCGCAUCUCGAGAAAACGGAGAACGACAUACAAGAGCUGAGCCAAAACGCGGUGAACCUGAAGAGCAACUACGUCGAGCUGACGGAAUUACAGCACGUGCUCGAAAAGACGCAAGCGUUCUUCACGGAGGAAGAGGCCAAUGACUCGAUCACUAAGGCGCUCAUCAACGAGGAAGCCCCGAAUCCCGUCGUUUCGACACACGGACGCCUGGAAUUCGUCGGCGGGGUAAUAAAUCGCGAACGAGUUCCAGCCUUUGAGAGAAUGCUGUGGCGUAUAUCACGUGGAAAUGUUUUCCUUCGGCAAACUGAACUUGAUAAACCGCUGGAAGAUCCGGCUACGGGCAACGAGAUCUAUAAAACGGCCUUCGUGGCAUUUUUUCAAGGGGAGCAAUUGAAGACCCGUAUUAAAAAGGUCUGCACUGGCUUCCAUGCCUCGCUCUAUCCGUGCCCGACCAGUCAUGCGGAACGUCAGGAAAUGCUGAAAGGUGUGCGGACACGGCUAGAGGACCUGAAAUUGGUACUAAAUCAAACGCAAGAUCAUCGCCAGCGUGUCCUGCAUAACGUAGCGAAGGAGUUACCAAAUUGGAGUAUCAUGGUGCGAAAGAUGAAAGCUAUUUAUCACACAAUGAAUUUGUUCAAUAUGGACGUGUCGAAAAAAUGUCUCAUCGGAGAAUGCUGGAUGCCUAUUGCCGAUCUCGGGACCGUGCAAAAUUGCCUCACGGAAGGAUCGCGACAAUGUGGAAGCUCCAUACCGUCUUUUCUCAACGUGAUCCACACGGAUGAAAAUCCUCCGACGUUCAACAGGACGAACAAGUUCACCAGAGGCUUUCAAAAUCUAAUUGACGCGUACGGUGUGGCAUCGUAUCGCGAAGCUAACCCGGCACUUUACACUAUCAUUACGUUUCCCUUUCUGUUCGCCGUUAUGUUCGGCGACGCCGGCCACGGUCUGAUACUGACGCUCUUCGGCUUGGCUAUGGUACUGAUGGAGAAAAAGAUCAACGCGAAAAAGUCGGACAACGAAAUCGGCAAUCUAUUUUUCGGCGGUCGUUACAUCAUCCUCCUCAUGGGUUUGUUUUCCAUCUACAGUGGUUUUAUCUACAACGACAUUUUUGCCAAAUCAGUUAACAUAUUCGGAUCUAGUUGGAGGAACAAGUAUAAGUACAACGAUAUGCUAUAUAACAAGUCGCUAGAGAUGUCGCCGAACGCGAACGAGAGCUACUUGCAGUAUCCCUAUCCACUGGGUGUAGACCCGAUCUGGGCUCUCGCUCAGAACAAAAUUGUAUUUCACAAUUCGUUCAAGAUGAAACUGUCGAUUAUUCUUGGCGUCGCGCACAUGAUCUUCGGCGUCUGCAUGAACGUCGUCAAUAUGGUGUACUUCAAGAAAUAUGCCAACCUGUUUCUUGAAUUUCUGCCACAAUUGCUCUUCCUUCUAUUGCUAUUUUUCUACAUGACUGUCCUGAUGUUUAUUAAAUGGAUUUUAUACGAGGCUUCGGCUGAGGAGGAAGGACGAAGACCAGGUUGUGCACCGUCGGUGUUAAUUACAUUUAUUAACAUGAUGCUUUUCAAAAAUGCCGAUGUGCCCCAGGGUUGUUCCCAGUACAUGUUCGAGGGACAGGAUAUUCUGCAGAAGGUUUUGCUUGCGUGCGCUCUCUUGUGCGUUCCGGUGAUGCUCUUCGGGAAACCAUUAUAUAUUCUAUUUUCAAAGAGAAAAAGAAAUCCAGAGAAGACUUAUAGUAACGGGAGCACGUCGCAGGACAUCGAGUUACAGGCUCAAGAAUUGCCGAGCGCGGGGACCAGCAAGGAUGCAGCGGACGAUCAUGGUCACGCGGACGACAGCUUCGGCGAGCUGAUGAUCCAUCAAAUCAUCCACACCAUAGAAUACGUUUUGUCCACCGUCUCGCACACUGCCUCCUACCUGCGAUUGUGGGCCCUGUCGUUGGCCCACUCUCAGCUGUCGGAAGUGCUCUGGAACAGAGUGCUGCGGAUAGGCUUAGGCGCCGAGGACGGUCAGUAUGUCAGCAGUAUUAUCCUGUUCGCCGUGUUCGCGGUCUGGGCCUUCUUCACCGUCGUCAUUCUCGUCUUGAUGGAGGGCCUCUCGGCAUUUCUUCAUACGCUUCGACUUCAUUGGGUCGAAUUUAUGAGUAAAUUCUACGAGGGCUUAGGACAGCCCUUCCAACCAUUUUACUUCAAGAGUAUCUUAGAUGCCGAGGAUGCCGAAGAAUAGAUGCUGCCGCUAGUCUUCACAGCAAUAAUCGUUAGAUAUGUAGUUAUACUGAAUAUUAUGCGCGAAAAUUUCUUUAUUUUAAAUAUUUACAUAUACGCGAGGCCUUGUCUUGUUGCCUAGGAAAGUGCAAGAAGGACUAAAUUGCCAUGGAUAUGUUUUAAACGAGUCUGACAAUGUGCCUUCUUCAACAAUUUAUAACCAUCGAUCACGUGUCUGUGUACAUUGGCCGAAUACGCGCGACAUUUGCAAUAAGAAAUAUACGUUUUCCCUGCUUUUUUACAUGUGGAUAAUAAUUCCGGUCGAAAAAUCGGUACGUAUUAUAAAAGUUUAUCUUAAAUAUUCAUUAUAAAAUUUGUACUUUAUUUAAUCUGCCAGAUUUGAGUAAGUUUUUGAAAAGAAAACUUAUUUUCGGAGUCGGCUCUAAAUUUUGUCGCUGGUAAAUUCUUGUGCUAGUUUUUAUCUGCUUGUAUAUAAUUCUUUUAAAUUACUCACAGUUUAAUACUUUAAUAUACUUUAAAAAGAGGAAGUGCAACAACGUCGCUUAAAGUAAAACGAAUUCAAUUGGUACAUCAAUUAUU